AUUUUUUUCUCUUUCUUUAUUUUUUUUUAUAGAAAUGGGCUUCAUUGAGAAAAUUAAAAACAACAUUGACUAUUAUAAACUUGAUAAAUAUACAAAGAGAAGAGUAUCUCAGUCUCAGUUUGAGUCUCAUGAUCGACGAUAUUAUGAAAAUGUCUAUAGAGAUGGUGAUUACAUAGAUCCCAGUCAAGCACAGUACUCAGGUCCUACUCGUUCACACCUAUCAUAUAAACAAUCUCGUUGGUCAUUUCAUGAAAUGUUGAAGAAACCAGUUAAUAAAUCAGCUACAAGACACAUAAGGACUUCCGAGACUUAUACUUUUGGUCGAGCUUGACGAUAAAGAACAGAGAGUGCUUUGUAUAUUUGUGUGUAAAAAUAAAUAAAUGUUUAUAUGAAGAAAUGUGUACAUAU